UUUCAAGUUUUAUAAAUCCAUUGAAAUAAUCGUUUAAUUUAUACUAACAAUAGAGACAAUGAUAGAAUACAAAAUGGUGAUCAAGUUUUAUGCUAAGAACGGAUGACAGGGUAAGAUUUAGAUGUGGAUGGAAAUAGGAAGGAAGAAAGAAAGUUUCAGAUGCAAAACUGUACGGAAGCUAAAUAGUUUAAGGUGAUAAUCGAUAUUCCCUGUUUCUUCCUUUUCUACCAAACGUCAGGAACUUUAGGUUGCAAUUGUGCAGAGUCCUCUCUCUCUCUCUCUCUCUCUCUUGUUAAUGGAAAACGUGUAUAGUAUUAUUAGAGAAAAGAGAAGGACGUGAUUUGAAGGAUUUCGAUAGAAGGUUGUUGGUUCCCUUUUAUUUGAGGGUGCAGCAGUACCCCCAUGAAAGCUUUCGCGAACGGUUGCUUUCGAGCACCCAGGGGAGCCUGUCUCUGGCAAAGACUGGAUAUAGUGACGUAUCGACCGGUGGGGUCACAAGAGGUCACCAAAGUUCAUACCGUCUCGCGGUUCACGAACCCACCGACGAAACUACCCUGCGCGUUUCCGCUUCUCGUUAAAGCCAACAUUUCAUUGUACGACUUUUCUCUAUACACUGAUGAUCAUAACAAACGAGAGCAACUUUUUCAUAAGGGCAGCAUGAUCGGGGCCAUGCCAGCAGUGGCUGUACGCCAUGAACGCAGGAGACAAGAAAAGAGGCUAAAACGACCGAGUCAGCUUUAUUUGGGUGGCCAAUGGAUGCCACCCCUUCAAGGUUCACCACCUACACCUAGUCCCCACGGACACAAUAGUCAUCUAGAUCCGCUUCCAGAGCUUUAUCUUUGCGGCAAGAUAUCCGGUUUGCACGCAGUCGUGGUGUGUCUGUUGUUGGGUGCAGUGGUACUCGUGGUUGGUCUUGUCCAACUUGCCCCGGGGGCAACGACCACAGACCACAGACUCGCUUUACUCAUCGCAGGCGCCACUUUGCUCUUACUGGGUAUCAUCUUGGCUGCCGUGAGAUGUUACGUCCUACAUUGCGUUCCUUUACCAGCGGAUUCGCCCAUAGCCACUCCCCUUCCUCCAUCAACAAACGAGCACAAUCAUCAGGCAAUGGUAUCGAGAGGUACCUUAGACCUUCUAGUCGGUCAUCAGAACCAACCGGAGACCGACGCUCUUAUGCGCACCGAGCAACAACAAGAGCAGCAACAACAACAUCAGCAACAACAGUAUCAACAUUAUCAUCAUCAUCAUCAACAUCACGGUAACCAUAAGAAGAAGCGUAGCUCUCAAAGCUCUUAUCCGGAUGAAGCCUAAUCUUUUGUAUCAUUUUGAUGCGCGAAUCGGAGAGUAAAAGAGAAAGAAAGAUAGAUAAAGAAUAAGAGAGAGAGAGAGAGAGAGAGAGAGAGAGAGAGAGA